ACUGAGGUCGUAGGUCGGAGAUUUCGUAGUUCCAAGUUGUCGUGAACGCAACAACACAGUGGAGGAGAAGACAAAAUGGAAGGCUGUGUAGACGUUUUCCUACGACAGAACACAACUGGAUAACCAGUAAGGUCUACCAUGGAGGGCUUUAUGGAUAUCAAUGAGAUCCAUGACAUCACUGGCACUGAUACAGAGGAGCACAGAAUAGAUGCAGAGCAGGUGGAGGGGGCCGAGAGGAGUGCUAGGCCGACCAUCAGCGAGUUCAAAAAGACCUGGGGCUUCAGGCGGACCACGGUUGCCAGAAGAGAGUUUGUGGGAUUGGAUGAGCUUGAAGAUCCAGAAUCUCCACCCCUACCCACACGUCGAGGCAGAGGCCGCCCAGCCAAGACCUAUUCAAGACGUGGACGAGGGGGGAGAAGAAGCGUCCCAGCCGACCUGGAGUACUCUGGAACGGCCUCCCCAAUUCCAAUGGACACAGAGCCUUCCUCAGAUCCCCAAGAGCCCUGCCCAGGUGGCAGCCUAGAUCCCACCUCUUGGCAGGACUUUGGAUCUGCAUUUGGCACUGCUUUUUCUCUACUUGGGGAGAAGGAGGAGGACUACAUGCCCAUGACUGCUCCUGCCCAAACUAUGGCUGCCCCUGCCCCUAGCUAUGGGGCUAGUAGGGUCGUGGAAGUUGCCUCCAGUAUUGAGGAGGACAGUGAUGAGCUGACCCUGAAGCAGCUCCAGGAGCGGCUGAGCACUAGGGGGAGAGGGGAGUCCAGGGGGAGGGGGGUCAGAGGGAGGGGGAGGGGAAGAGGGAGAGGUAGAGGUAGAGGACGUGGUAGAGGUAGGGGGCGUGGGAGGGGUAGGGGUGUAGAGCCAGAGUCGAGCACUGCGGAUGAAGAGGAGGUUAUUUUUGUAAAUGAGUUGGAACCGCAGCAGGUGCAUCAGCCUCAGGAGGAAAGGGAGAGGAGUCCUGAGAAGGUUGUGGUAGAGUCUCAAAGCCCUUCUCCUUCUCAACAGUCGAGCUCAGACUCUAUGCCUCCUCUUGAGUCUGAUCCAGAAACAACAGAAGAAAAGGCUAGCCAAAAUGAUAAUGUAACAGAGGCAAAGGACGAGGUGGAAGAGGAGGAGAGGAUCGAGGAAGAAAAGUCUGAGUAUUCUAGCAUAUCGGACAGUGAGGGCUACAACCCCCAUGCCCUUUACUGCAUCUGUCGACAGAGGCACAACAAAAGGUUCAUGAUCUCCUGCGACAAUUGUCUGGAGUGGUUCCAUGGCGACUGCGUUGGCGUCAGCGAGAUUCAAGGCCGAAAGCUUGAGAGGAGUGGACGAGACUGGAUCUGCGCCACCUGCACCAACAAGUGCCAGAGCCAGCCAGACCCCCAGCAGAGCUCCCCUGACUGCCUGACACUGCCCUACUCGGGGGAGGAGGAGAUUGUACAUGAGGAGCAGGCCAGCGAGGAGGCUGUGGUGCAGGAGGUGACAGAGAUGAUUGCUGAGGCUGAGAUGGAGUUGGACGGUUCCCUACCCCAGUGCAUCGGCUCAGGGUGCAGUAAGCACGCCCUGCCCGACUCCGUUUACUGCGGCACAGACUGCAUCCUGCGGCACGCGGCUGCCACUAUGAAGACGCUCUCCAACUCCAAAGAGACUAAAACCAAGCAACGCCCACAGAGGAGAGCAGCAGCAAAACUUGGCCCUAAGGGUCAGAGGUCAGCUAGGAUGCCCCAGAGGUUGUUGGCAGAGCGGCCCGAAGAGGAGGGUGAGGAAGAGGAGGCUGAAGAAGUUGAGGACAAGGAAGCUGACACAUCUACAUCUGCCUUAUCCUGUGACCCUAGUCUCACUGCAGUACAGGCCACAUCCAUAGAAUCACCUAUGUUUUACAAGUCGACUGGAAAGGCCAGUGAGCAGGUAGAGGUUGAGAUUGAGCCCAUUUCUCCUCAGACACAUUCUCCAGAUAACUCUCCCUCAGACAUCAUCACUGAAUCCUCCCCUCCUCUGGGAAGUGCUCCAGGUAAAACCAAGAGACCAGCAAACAGCUGCAGUGUCUCCAGGAAACCCUCUAUCGAUACAUCCCCUGUCAAACAACCCAAUCCCCCCAAAUCCAGCCACUCUCCGACCCCUGAGGCCCCAAGCACCUCAGCCUCCAGACACCAUGAAACGGGGGCCCUGAGGAUCGGCAAGACGUUCUUCACCAUCCCCAAGAAGCAGCCUCAAUCCCUCGUGACUCCCACUCUACCCUCACCUCCACCCCCCACCCCAAUGAAUGAAACGAGGAUCCUGCCCGUGUCCCCAGCCCCUAUCGCCCCUUCCUCCAGACCCCCUCAGCCAGCCAACAACCAGGUCAGGCAGAGCAUCCAACGCUCCCUCACCAACAUCAUGUUCAAGAGGGUGUGCGACUGUGACGAUUUGGAGAGGUCUGAGAGUGAAGUGGCGAAGCUGGUCACCAGCAUCGAGACGGAGAUGUUUAACAUAUUUAACAAUACAGAUAGCAAGUACAUGAACAAGUACCGAACCAUCAUGUUCAACCUUAAAGACCCCAAAAAUAAGGGUUUGUUCUACAGCGUCAUCCGUGGUGAGGUCAGUCCCUUCAGACUGGCCAGGAUGAGCCAGCGGGACAUGCAGGCUACAAAGGUUUCAGAGCCGAACAAAAAAGACACUCCAGAGGUCCGGGAGUCUGGUACCAAAGCCACAUGUGUGCUGCCAAAUCCAGCGCCGGAGCCAGUAAAGGUUGAUCUACCUAGUCUUCCCUUUAGGCCAAGUAGACACAUGGAACAGAAGAGCACUCUCCCUGCUGCCCCUAAGGCCAGACCUAACCAGUCGAUCCAGAACAGCUCAGUCCCAGACAUCCUCAGCUGCAUGCUGAAAGACACAACUGCCGAGCACAGAGCUCACCUGUUUGACCUCAAGUGCAAGAUCUGCACAGGUCAGAUAACAGUUGAGGGUGAGGAGGAGCCUGUACCCAAGAAGUCUAAACUCUCUGGGUCAUCGUCAUCCUCCACAAAUCCAGACGAAUGGAAAGACAGGCCGUCUCGGCCACCCUGGAUGUAUGCCAGAACAGAUCCCAGAACAGAGGAGAGAGGAUGGAGAACUCCAGCAGGAGAUGAAUCACCCCUCCUUGCACCCCCCGACUCCCCCACCAUGGGUUCCCCUGCCUCCCCCCUAAUGGAGGAUGACUCUGUCUUAACCAUCAUGGAAUCCCCCGCUUCACCCACAAUGGAAUCUCCCGCUUCUCCACCAAUGGAAUCUCCUGCCUCCCCCAUUUUGGAAUCCCCUGCCUCCCCUGUCAUGGAUUCUCCCGCCUCCCCCAUUCUGGAAACCCGCAAAGCCAAGACACCGUCCAGAAUGUAUACCCCAGUCAUGAUUCCGGCUGUUUCUACGGUAACCAUUACAAGGCGUGAUCCUCGCACUGCUGGCAACCGUUCUGCUGUUAUGUCUGGUGACCCCCACACCGCUGGCAACCGCACUCCUGCCAUGGCAACUGUCACCAUGUCUAAAGUCCCACCUCCACAAGUCUCUUAUGUCCCAGCGAAACAGAGUGUUACUCUGAGCAAGACAUUCAUGCCCUUGCCACCACCCCCAUCCCUUCCACCAAUGCCAGCAUUACCCAAAUCUAUCCUGAUGAAGCCAUCCUCAUCAUCGUUCUAUGGUUCUUCAGGAUCCUCUUCAUCCUCUUCAAGGGCUGUGAACUCUCACUCCCCUCAAGAUGGGGAGACAUCCCAGUUCCUGGCCAAGCAGGAAGUAGUGUGGAAGGGCUUCCUCAACAUGAUCAGCGUGGCCAAGUUCGUCACCAAGGGCUAUCUGGUCUCCGGGCCUUCUGAAUAUCUCAAAGAGGAUCUGCCUGAUACCAUACAGCUUGGUGGAAGAAUCAUGCCUCAAACUGUGUGGGAUUACAUCGGGAGAGUGAAGACCUCUGUUACAAAGGAGCUGUGUGUGAUCCGGUUCCACCCAGCGACAGAGGAGGAGGAAGUGGCCUAUGUGUCUCUGUUCUCCUACUUCAGCAGCAGACGGCGCUUCGGGGUGGUGGCCAACAACAGCCGCAGCAUUAAAGACAUCUACCUCAUCCCACUCAGUGCGAAGGAGUCCAUUCCUUCCAAACUCCAACCCUUCGAAGGAUCAGGCUUUGAGAAGAAUCGCCCCAAUCUUCUUUUGGGACUGGUUAUUUGCCAGAAACCCAAACGUGCGGGAAGCUUGCCACAAGAGGUUGAAGAGAAGAGAGCCAAGAUCCACAUAUCCAAAGACUCCAGAGAUACUGGCCUCCCGAGACCCCCUACGCUGUAUGGGUCUGACCCUAGGACGGAGGAAUUCCUGCCCUACGACCCAGCGAUGCCCAUCAUGUCCACCCCUCCUGGUUCCCCUCCUUCCACUGGAUCCCCAUCAGACUCCUCCUCCUCUGGCUCACUGACUAUUCCAUCACUUCUGUCCUCCAUCAGAGCUGCUCUCCCUGCUUCUGCCCCACCCCCCAUCACUAGCACAUCCACCACUCCCCUGCAGACCAUCCUGAAGUCACUGUUUGGGAAGGACUCUCAUGCAGUCCCAGCAGUUGCAGCAGUGCCCCUUCCAACCACUUUGCCCCCUCCCCCAAUGGUAGAUCCGAUAGUACAGCAGUACGGGCAGAAAUCCAAAGUCAAAGAGAUUGAGGAGGAGGAAAAUGAAUAUGAUCGACCAUAUGACCCGGAGGAGGAGUAUGAUCCAGCAAUGGGCUAUGGAAGGGUUGCCCCAAUUAAUAUAGAUAAAAUGUUUGAGGCGAAUGCUGCCACUCAGGCCACGUGUGCAGCUGACGACGACGUGGCUUACGACCCUGAGGAUGAGACUAUCUUUGAGGAUAUGCACAAUGAUGGGGUCAGUGUAGGGAAAGUCCCAGCUCCAACUUCAGCUCCAGCUCCUACCCCAGUCCCAGCUACAGUACAAGAUCCAUUCCCAGAUCCCAGUCCAGCUCCAGCCCCUCUGAGCCGCCCCAUUACUGGUGCUGUGAUUGUGUCAGCCGCUACUCUGACUGAACAACAGCGAAUGCUUGAGGAUCUCAACAGGCAGAUUGAGGAGCAGAAACGGCAGCUGAAGGAGCAGGAGGAGGCACUGCGUCAGCAGAGAGAGGCAGUGGGCAUGUUCAUGGCCCAUUUCUCUGUUUCCGAUGCCUUGAUGUCUCCCCCUACUAAAUCUGGGCUGUCUCACUUACAAACACAGCAGAGUGAAGGAGAGCAGUCUGAGGCAAAUCCUUCAGUCAAUCAAAGAGCUUUGAAAGGUAUUUUGAAAACGGAGGAAACAGAAGUACCAAUAAAACAGGAGAUUAAGAGAGAGACCAAGACUGUACCUCUUUCAGUGUCAAGAAAUGUGGAAAUGCCCAAUGCAUCACCAAAGCGGGUUAAAGAGAUUAAAAAGGAAAGUAUUCAGGCAACAGACAAUUCAGAUCCUGAAGCUGGUGAGAUCCAGGACUCUGAUGUAGCUUACGACCCAGAGGAUGACACUAUCUUUGAUGAGCUGAAAGACACAAAUGGAGAAGAAAAGGCGAAAACCUCAACUCGAUCAGAUUCAGCAAGGCGUUCUGAGCGUUCUCGUGACUCCUCAGUGUCUAGCUCGUGUCGUGGUGCAUCGCGCAAUGACACUCCUGAUAGGAGGCGUAAGCGUAGCAGCCAACCAGAUACUCACUCACCGAAAAGACGGGACCGUAAAGUCAGGGACCGCCAAGAAAGCCCUCCUCGUAGAUCUGGCCGCCGGUCCCCUGGACACUCUGAUAGGCGAAGGGAAAGACACAGACGGGGUGAGAGGAGCCGACCAUAUCACAGAGGUCGUCACCACUCUGAGCGCCCAGGCCGCCAUAUCCCUCAUAAAGAGCGUACUUCUCGACGCAGCUCUGGUAGCCAUAGAAGAUCCCCAUCUUCACCAAGACAAAAACAAGAUUCUGGCUCUAGGGGACUCUCAAAGGGUCAAAGGGAGACUUCUCCUCCAGUGUGGGAUGACUCAAAGGGCCCAGAGGCUCCUGAAGACAUGGGUCCUACAAGUCCAACUCCAGCACUGGUCAUGGAGGCUAAUGACUUACCUCAGCCCCCUCUUGAAAGACAGGACAUUGAUGAACCACUGGGUGAUCGUUGUGAUUCUGGAGGUCCACCACAGGGAGAGAUUGAGGACACAGGCCAUCAAAUGCCCCAUGAGAAUCCCACUCCCCAGAAGCCUGCGGAUCAACAACCUUCUCAAAGCUUGCUGGGAUCACCAUCAAAAGGGCCCAACAACGAGCAAGGCCCCAACAUCCAGCUUCAAGACAAUAGGGAUAGGCCCUCUCAACUGGAACUACUAGAGCAAUGCAGUGUACAGAGCCCAUCAGACAUUAUGAGAGAAAAACAGUUUUCCUCACAAGGUCCUCCCCACAUGGCCUCUCCAAAUAACCAGGGUGAGCGGUCCAGCAGUUUAGAGAGGAGAGAUCCUGAUAUGAGGGAGGGAAGGAGAAACCAAGGGCCUGAUAUGAUGGGACCCGGGCCAAACAUGAGGGGUGAAAGGAGAGGGCCUCAAAUGAGGAAUCCAAGUCCAAAUAUCAGAGGUCCAGAUCCAGAACCAGACAUGAGGGGUGAAAGGAGCGGGCCACAAAUGAUGCAUCCAAGUCCAAAUAUCAGAGGUCCAGAACCAGAUAUGAGAGAGGACCACUUCUCACCAACAACUUACUUUGGAGGAAAGAGAUCACCAUCGCCCCAUUUUAAUAAUCCAAGGAUCCCCUCAUCUGUUCCAAGAGGAAAUUUUAAGGAUCAACGGGGAGCACCUUGUCCUGGUUUCCGCCCCAGGGGUCCUCGUACCUCAAGGUGGAUGCCACCACGGUCCCGGUUUGAUGGUCCACAUAAUCCGCUAGUAGUAAGACCUCUAGAGCUGCUUGGAAAACAAAGAGGCACCAACCAGAAUCAUGACAAUGGAGGUGAGCCUAUUCAACCAGAAAUAAAGGAGCAACACAUUGCACAGAGCCCAUCAGACAUUAUGAGAGAGAACCAGUUUUCCUCACAAGGUCGUCCCCACAUGGCCUCUCCAAGCAACCACGGUGAGCGGUCCAGCAGUUUGGAGAGGAGAGAUCCCGAUAUGAGGGAGGGACGAAGACACCAAGGCCCAGACAUCAGAAGUCCAGAUAUGAUAGAACCUGGGCCAGACAUGAGGGGGCCAGUGCCAGACAUGUGGGAUGAUAGAAGGGGUCCAGGGCCAGACAUUAAAGGGCCAAGGCCAGACAUGAGGGGUGAUAGGAGAGGGCCAGACAUGUGGGAUGCUAGAAGGGGUCCAGGGCCAGACAUGAGGGGUGAUAGGAGAGGGCCAGACAUGUGGGAUGAUAGAAGGGGUCCAGGGCCAGACAUGCAAGGUUCAGGGCCAGAGAUGGGGGGUCCAGGGCCAAUCAUGCGAGGUCUAGGGCCAGACAUGCGAGAUCCAGGGCCAGACAUGAGGGGGGAUAGGAGAGGGCCAGAGCCCGAUAUGAGGGGUGAUAGGAGAGGGACAGAGCCAGACAUGAGGGGUGAUAGGAGAGGGCCAGAGCCCGACAUGAGGGGUGAUAGGAGAGGGCCAGAGCCCGACAUGAGGGGUGGGCCAGACAUAUGGGAUGAUGGAAGAGGUCCAGGACCAGACAUGACAGCUCCUGAAAUGCCAGACCCAGAUCCAGAUAUGAGAAGUCCAGACAUGAGAAUGGACCACUUCACACCAACAGCUAACUUUGGAGGACAGAGACCAACAUCGACUCAUUUCAGCAGUCCAAGGAUGAUCUCACCUGUUCAAAGAGGACAUUUUGAGGAUCAAAGGGGAGUACAUCGUCCUGGUUUCCGCCCCAGGGGCCCUCGUCCCUCGAGGUUCAACCAGCCCAGAGGCUCAUAUCCAGGGCACUUCCCAGGGGGGCAACCACGGUUCCGUUUCGAUGGUCGACAGGGAGUGGUAAGACCUGCUCAUGCCUCGCUGGUAACACCAAGGGAGCACAGUAUACAGAGCCCAUCAGAAAUUCUGAUAGAAACCCAGAUACCCUCACAAGGUCCUCCCCACAUGGCCUCUCCAAACAACAAGGGGGAGCGGUCCAGCAGUUUAGAGAGGAGAGAUCCUGAUAUUGGGGAGGAAAGGAGAAACCCAGGGUCAGACAUCAGAGGUCCAGAUAUGAUGGGACCAGGGCCUGACAUGAGGGGUGAUAGGAGAGGACCAGGGCCAGACAUGAGAGGUGAUAGGAGAGGACCAGGGCCAGACAUGAGGGGUGAUAGGAGAGGGCCAGGGCCAGACAUGAGGGAUGAUAGGAGAGGGCCAGAAAUCAGAGGUCCAGAUAUGAUGGGACCAGGGCCAGACACGAGGGGUGAUAGAAGGCCAGGGCCAGACAUGAGGGGUGAUAGGAGAGGGCCAGACAUGAGAGAUUCAGGGCCAAACAUCAGAGGGCCAGGUCUAGUGCCAGACACAAGGGGUGAUAGGAGAGGGCCAGGGACAGACCUGAGGGGUGAAAGGAGAGGUCCAGGGCCAGACAUGAGGGGUGAUGGGAGAGGUCCAGGGCCAGACAUGAGGGGUGAUGGGAGAGGGCCAGGGCCUGAUAUGAGGGGUGAUGGGAGAGGGUCCGGGCCAGACAUGAGGGGUGAUGGAAGAGAUCCAGGGCCAGACAUGAGGGUUGAUGGGAGAGGGCCAGGGCCAGACACGAGGGGUGAUGGGAGAGGGCCAGGGCCAGACAUGAGGGGUGAUGGGAUAGGGCCAGAUAUGAGGGGUCCAGGGCCAGACAUGAGAGAUCCAGGGCCAGACACAAGGGGUGAUAGGAGAGGUCCAGGCCCAGACAUGAGAGGUCCAGGGCCAGACAUGAGGGUUCUAGGGCCAGACAUGAGAGAUCCAGGGCCAAACAUCAGAGGGCCAGACACAAGGGGUGAGAGGAGAGGUCCAGGGCUAGACAUGAGGGGUCCAGGGCCAGACAUGAGGGGUGAUAGGGGAGGUCCAGGGCCAGAUAUGAGGGUUCUAGGGCCAGACAUGAGGGUUCUAGGGCCAGACAUGAGGGGUCCAGGGCCAGACAUGAGGGGUGAUAGGGGAGGUCCAGGGCCAGAUAUGAGGGUUCUAGGGCCAGACAUGAGGGUUCUAGGGCCAGACAUGAGGGGUCCAGGGCCAGACGUGAGGGGUGAUAGGGGUGGUCCAGGGCCAGACAUGAUGGGUGAUAGGAGAGGUAAAGGGUCAAACAUGAGGGGUGAUAGGAGAGGGCCAGACAUGAGAGAUCCAGGGCCAGACACAAGGGGUGAAAGGAGAAGGCCAGACAUGACAGAUCAAGGGCCAGACAUGAGAGGGCCAGGUCUAGGGCGAGACACAAGGGGUGACAGGAGAUGGCCAGGGCAGGACUUGAGGGGUCCUGGGCCAGACAUCAGAGGGCCAGGUCUAGGGCCAGACACAAGGGGUGAUAGGAGAGGGCCAGACAUCAGAGGCCCAAGGACAGAUAUGAGGGGUGAUAGAAGAGAUCCAGGGCCAGACAUGAGAGAUCCAGGGCCAGACAUGCAGGGUCCAGGGCUAGACAUGCAGGGUCCAGGGCCAGACACGAGAGAUCCAGGACCAGACAUGCAGGGUCCAGGGCCAGACAUGCAGGGUCCAGGGCCAGACAUGAGAGAUCCAGGACCAGACAUGCAGGGUCCAGGGCCAGACAUGAGAGAUCCAGGGCCAGACAUGAGAACUCCAGAGCCAGACAUGAGAGGGCCAGAAACAAGGGGUUAUAGGAGAGGGCCAGGGCCAGACAUUUGGGGUGAUAGGAGAGGGCCAGACAUGAGGGUUGAUAGGAGAGGACCAGGGCCAGGCAUGAGGGGUCCAGAACCAGAUAUCAAAGGACCAGGUCUAGGGACAGACACAAGGGGUGACAGGAGAGGGCCAGGGCUAGACAUGAGGGGUAAUCGGAGAGGGCCAGGGCCAGACAUGAGGGGUCUAGGGCCAGACAUGAGAGUGCCAGUGCCAGACACAAGGGGUGAUAGGAGAGGGCCAGGGUCAGAGAUGAGGGGUCCAGGACCAGACAUGAGAGAUCAAGAGCCAGACAUCAGAGAGCCAGAUCUAGGGCCAGACACAAGGGGUGAUAGGAGAGGGACAUGGCCCGAAACAAGGGGUGAUAGGAGAGGGCCAGGGAAAGACUUGAGGGCUCUAGGGCCAGACAUGAGAAGGUCAGGGUCAGACACAAGGAGUGAUAGGAGAGGGCCAGGGACAGACAUGAGGGGUCCAGGACCAGACACAAGAGAUCAAGAGCCAGACAUCAGAGGGCCAGACACAAGGGGUGAUAGGAGAGGGACAGGUCCAGACAUGAGGAGUCUAGAGCCAGACAUGAGAGGGCCAGGGCCAGGCACAAGGGGUGAUAGGAGAGGGCCAGAGACAGACAUUUGGGGUCCAGGACCAGACACGAGAGAUCAAGAGCCAGACAUCAGAGGGCCAGACACAAGGGGUGAUAGGAGAGGGACAGGUCCAGACAUGAGAGAUACAGGGCCAGACAUGGGAUGGCCAGGUCUAUGGCCAGACACAAGGAGUGGUAGGAGAGGGCCAAACAUGAGAGAUCCAGGGCCAGACAAGAGGGUGGUUAGGAGAGGGUCAGGGCCAGAAAUGGAAGUUCCAGGGCCUGAAACAAGGGGUGAUAGGAGAGCGCCAGGGACAGACAUGAGGGGUCCAGGACCAGACAUGAGAGAGCAAGAGCCCAACAUCAGAGGGCAGGGUCUAGGGCCAGACACAAGGGGUGAUAGGAGAGGGCCCGAUAUGAGGGGUGAUAGGAGAGGGCCAGACACGUGGGAUGAUAGGAGAGGGGCUUCACCAAACAUGAGGGGUCCAGGGCCAGACAUGAGCGGUGCAGGACCAGAUAUGUGGGAUGAGAGUAGAGGGCCAGAUAUGAGAGGUCCAGACAAGAGGGGUGAUAGGAGAGGGCCGGGGUCAGACAUGAGAGGGCCAGGGCCAGAUAUGAGGGGUGAUAGGAGAUGGUCAGGGCCAGACAUGAGCGGUGCAGGAUCAGACAUGUGGGAUGAGAGUACAGGGCCAGACACAAGGGGUGAUGGGAGAUGGCCAGGGCCAGACUCAAGGGGUGAUGGGAGAUGGUCAGGGCCAGACAUGAGAGGUCCAGGGCCAGACAUUAGGGGGAAUAGGAGAGGGUCAGAUAAUAGUCUUGAUAGGAGAGGCCCAGGGCCGGACAUGUUGGGUGAAAGGAGAGGGCCAAACAUGAGAGAUCCAGGGCUAGACAUGGGUCAAGAAAUGCGAGCCCCAGAUCCAGACAUGGGAAGUCCAGAUAUAAGAGGAGAUCACUUCACAACAACAAAUCAUUUUGGAGGAUCAAGCGGUGUACAAAGUCCUGGUUUCCAUGGCCCCAGGGGUCCUCGUCCCUCGAGGUUCAACCAGCCCAGAGGCUCAUCUCGAGGGUAUUUCCCAGACAAUGGGGGGCAGCCACGGUUUGACGGUCCACGGCUAGUGGUAAGACCGUUGAGGCCUAAAGGAGGUUUACUCCCCACUCCCCCGGAGGGUCUCAUGAGUUUGCCGAACAACAGCCCGGAUGCUUUUAGAGAAGACCAGUGGCGGAACAGUCACUCGCCUGAUACGAGGAGAACAAGCCUACCCAUAGAAGACUGUGAAAUUAGAAACUAUGGAGACAGAGAAAACAACUCUGAAGAACGUGGCCGUGGUGUUUACCCCCGAGAUAGGGUUAACUUCCAGGGCACAGCGCCCUGCUUGUCCCAGGGGAGGCAGUUGCCUGAGGACAAUGGGAGAGAGCGGGGUGGCAGUCAUGGAAGACAGGGGGACAGGGGGACAGGUAGGCUUGUGAGUAGGGAGAGAGAAAGGGUUAGAGGGAGCGAAGUAGACAGGCCCAGAGAGGAGGUAGAUGAAAAGCAAAAGACACCCACAGAAAAGGACAGAGACAUUGGCAGAGCCACAAGCGGAGAAGUAGAGGCAAACAGAGGUGUUAGUCUGCACAACCGUUCACUCUCAAAAGACCAUGACCGAGACAUUUUAAAGGAUGGAAGUGGAAAGAAAGAAGAACAAAUGGAGGGAAAGGGUAAAACGGUUGAAUUAACAGAAAUGCCCCAGGUAGACACGCCCCAGGAAGACACGCCCCAGGAAGACAUGCCCCAGGAUAGCAAAGGGCCUGUUUGACUGGAGACUACUGUUAACAGAAAUGCAUGGACUAAGUUUGAAGUUGGUUCAGUUCAUAAUGUACUAUGUAGUCGUUUUCACUACAUCAUAAAGCACCCUUAACUUUUUGAAUGUCAUGACUGAACGUACCUUGUUUCAUUCAAUUUAGUUUUAAAAUUGUACAAAUUAUGUGCUUUUCAGAAUUUCCAGAUUUAAACUCAUGUCAAGUCAAACAUAAUAGAUAUGUACAUUGUGUUUAUGGAUAUUUUUUUGGUCUUUUUUUUUUUUUUUUUAUAAGUCCAAACCUAUUGAGCCAUACUGCUGUCAUCUAUUCACUGAUUAGAAAAGGCCUUCAUGUUGGAUCAUCUCAUGGUAAUUAUGUUUUAGAAUAAACCUUUUUUUUUUUACUCUGUUUUAAUUUGUUAAACCGAGGCCAAUAAAAACAGUAAAGGAAUGAU